CGAGAGCCGAUCGGAAAUAUUAAGCCGAGCGAGACGGAGGAUUGGCGGUGCCUUGACUGACGUAGUGUGGCUGAUUUCGAAUCUGAAAAUAUUCGAGAUUUGCUACUGCGAACUCUAUAUAGGGAUGAUACGGAGAGGACUACUGUUUUCACCCCCACACCGAUUAGAGAAAUAUACGGAAUGCCUCGCGUGAAUCAAUUGGCAGUAUGACGUCCUCCAAGGCAAACCAGGCGAAGCAAGAGCUGUCGCGGAAGCAGGCGUGGGAUAGAGCCCAUAUUCGCUACCCAUUCUGGUUUGGAGGCAGCGCGAGUUGUUUCGCCGCAUGUGUAACUCAUCCACUGGAUCUUGUUAAGGUAUGUCAUAUGCGACGUUAAUGCGCGAAACUCAGAACCUCAGUCUUCGGAAACCCCCCAAUCUAACUCCAAGUCAAGGUCCGCCUCCAAACUCGCAGCGCCAAUGCCCCAACUACCAUGAUAGCGACGUUUAGCCACGUCGUAAAAAGUGAUGGUUUCCCAGGACUUUACCGCGGUCUAUCAGCAUCCCUCCUCCGACAAAUCACCUACUCAACAACCCGUUUCGGCGUUUACGAGGAGCUUAAGGCCGCCGCUACAACCCCAACAUCGACGCCCUCCUUCCCUGUACUAUUAGCCAUCGCCUCUGCUUCUGGAUUCCUUGGUGGCUUUGCAGGAAACCCUGCCGAUGUCCUGAACGUUCGCAUGCAGCACGACGCGGCACUCCCACCUGCUGAGCGCAGAAACUACAAAAACGCCAUCGACGGCCUGGUCCGGAUGACCCGCGAAGAAGGAUGGAAAUCCCUAUUCCGCGGCGUCUGGCCCAACAGCAUGCGUGCUGUUCUCAUGACAGCAUCGCAACUCGCCUCAUACGACGCUUUCAAGCAAGCCUUGAUUGUGCAUACCCCUCUUACGGAUAACCUGACCACGCAUUUCACAGCGUCCUUUAUGGCUGGUUUCGUGGCCACGACGGUGUGCUCUCCGGUGGAUGUGAUCAAGACCCGUAUUAUGUCAUCGACCGAGAGUAAGGGCGUGGGGAAGCUGCUGAAGGAUGUGUGUAAGGCUGAGGGAGUCAAGUGGAUGUUCCGCGGGUGGGUCCCAAGUUUUAUACGUCUGGGCCCACAUACUAUUGCGACGUUCUUGUUCUUGGAACAGCACAAGAAGAUCUAUCGAAAGGCCAAGGGGCUCGACGAUGUGAACCUUGCAUAAUGAUGGUGGUGAAGAGAAAGGGUGGCCGCAGGCCACACUCCUGUAUUAUUUACACAGAUGGUUUGGCGUCGGGUCUGAAAGAGAGGCUUAGAGUUUAGUGGCCACACCACACGCAUUGCAUAUAUCGGCGUUAGUGUAGAUUCUUUUGUAUAGACAUCAAGGGGCACUAUAUUAAACAGAUAUAGUAGACAUGUUUCUUUAAUAGACAUCAAAAUAUGAUAUAUUAUGUG